GCAGUAGUAAUUACGUCAUAAUUUCGACUGCGACUACUUCUGGGAAGGCUAGUACGAAUACCUAUCCAAACUUAAAUGCCCCAUCAACCUGGCCUCCAACGCGACCAUAUAAUGGCAAUAAUAAAUUCGAAACACUUCCUAUGUCAUUAAGACUGCCAUUUUAUACUGUUACAACUGAUUUGCUAAUAGCCAGUGCACAAAUAUUUAACAUAAGCUACGGCGCUACAUAUGCAAUUCCAUGGUUCAGCCCGGUGUGUGAGAUAAUCAGUGCAAUAUCAGUUUGGGCCCAAAGUCUAAACGCGUAUCUUUUCCUUGCAGUAUCUAUUUCUACUUAUUUUCGAGUUUGUCGAAAAAAGCGACUUGAUUACGGCAAAUAUGAUUGCAAACUUUUCCUGAUUGUUUUUGCUUUGUCCAUCCUAGUAUCUUCAUUAGUUCUCUUAGUAGCUCUCAAGGGAGGAUAUGGACCACAACGAUGGUGGAUUUGCAUAUUUUCGCAUUUUAACGUUGCUAACGAAUCAUCGUCGACAAUUACGCAAAGAACUGGGCGACAAUCACAUUUUCAACAACCUUGA